AUGGCCCUCCCGCACUUCCUCCGUCUGGAGGACUGCGCCGAAUGGUCCAAGACCGUCGAGCCCUUCCUCCCACAGCUCUAUGAGCUGCCGCAGCGGCUGAUGGCUCACAUAACGAGCCCCCACGACCUUCUGGAGCUGUACAAGCAGACGAACCCGCUGGUCUCUGGAUUUGCCUUUUCGCUGUUCGCCGGUGUCGUCUUCCUGGUCGUCUCCGAGGCCAACCGCAACUACUCCCAGGUAGAUCGCAUGUGGAGCUUGCUGCCUACGAUAUACAAUGUGCACUACAAGAUUUGGGCUGAGCUGAACAAUAUCUCGAGCCAAAGACUUAAUCUAGUACUUCUCUGGAGUGCUGUAUGGAGCGCUCGCUUAACAUUCAACUACUGGCGCAGGGGAGGAUAUCAGGUUGGGUCUGAAGACUACAGAUGGGAGCUCGUGAAGAAGCAUAUCGGCUCAGUUCCCUUCUUCAUUCUCAACGUUACAUUCAUCUCAUUCAUCCAGAGUGUGCUUCUAUUUCUCCUGGCGGCCCCUACCUAUGCCAUUCUGCUUGCAUCUCAGCAUGAGCAAGAGAUAUCUGGAGUAGACCUGAUGUUCACAGCGGUGCAGCUUGGUCUGGUGCUUACUGAAUGGUUCAGUGAUCAGCAGCAAUGGGACUAUCAAAACAGCAAGAGACAGUACCAGGCGACGGCCAAGGUGCCCCGGGACUCGCCAUACACGCGUGAGGACUUGGACCAGGGGUUCAACACAUCCGGCCUUUGGGCGUACUGCAGACACCCAAACUUCACUGCAGAGCAAACGAUUUGGCUGGUGCUCUACCACUGGAGCUGCUAUUCGACCAAGGUUCUCUACAGCUGGACCGGAGUAGGCGCCAUGGGCUUGCUCAUGCUGUUCCAGGGCUCGACAUGGCUCACCGAGUUAAUCACUGCAGGAAAGUAUCCCGAUUACAAACAUUACCAGCGCCAAGUCGGUAUGACGAUACCCAGCCUGACGCCGUACAAACGCCCUGCACCAAAGGUGAUUCGCACAAGCGAGUUGGAGAAGCGACAGGCCCAGAAAGAAAAGGCCGGUAAACAGAAAUAG